AUACGCGGCGUUAUAAAAAUGCACUUUCUCUGGACAGAAACUCAUCUACUAGUGCCUGAACUGGAGCUAGAAUAUGGCGGAGAAUACGCCGGUCAAGGACAAGCAUCCCGAGGCCUUCUCUCCCUACGAGAAGAUGCCGACGGACACGAACGGCUGGACAUCACGGCACCUGGACGCUAUCAAGCAGUGGGUCGCCCUGGAAAAGAUCCACGGGGCCAAUUUCUCGUUCACCGUCAGUGCCGAGACCCCGGGGGGCGAAAUUGGCCCUGCGAGGGCUGCAAAACGGACCGCAUACCUAAAAGAGGGAGAGAACUUUUACGGGCUGUGUAAGAACCGGGCGUUGCUGGAGGAGGAGGGAGAGAAGACCAGGAGACUGUUUAGCGCCGUCAGAGAGGGCCACUGCAGUGACGUCUCCUCAGUUACCGUGUUUGGUGAACUAUUUGGAGGAUGGUACCCUCAUCCAGACGUCCCGCAGGCCAGUAAUGCCGUCAAGAUCCAAAGAGAAGUGGUCUACUGUCCCGAGAACAGAUUCAUUGCAUACGACGUGGCUGUCACGCACACUGACAACACACAAGAGUUCCUGGACUACAAUGUGUGCAUGCAGCUGUUCAGUAGAGUUGGCUUCCUCUACUGCGAACCACUGAAGGCAGGCACACUACAGGACAUGCUGUCUCUGGAACUCGGCUUCGAGACAAAACUCCCGGUGAAAUUCAACCUACCGCCUCUCGCCGACAGAAAGAACACGGCCGAAGGUGUUGUCGUAAAACCUCUCAAAAACACGGUCCUCGACACGAGAAAGGGCCCACAGAGAGUGAUUUUCAAGAGAAAAGGCAAAGAAUUUAACGAGCGAAGAAAGCCAUGGGUUCCUCCAACUUCAGAUGGUGGUAAAUCUCGAAAGAAGAAGCGGGGAGAUAGGGGUGAGGAUCAUGAACAUCAGGUGAGAAUUGAAACGCUGAAAUACGAGUUGAAUGCACUGGUGUGCGAGCAGAGGCUGGUCAACACGAUCUCCAAACGGGGCGUCCCGGAUUCAGAGCUGGACUGGAUCGAAUUGACGGAGGCUCUGGUAGCGGACGUGUUGGAGAGUGGGGAGAGCGAAAACGAGGAGCUGUGGGGGGCGUGUGGGGGCCCCUCUAAUGAGGUACUUGAUGGUCUUAGGGAAGAAUGCCGCCAACUGGUGGAAAUGUACAGAGUCAGUGAGUCUAUGGCAGACGUGGCAAUAUGACCCAAUCAAUAAAGGACUAUUUAUUCAGACUAUAUCAUCUUUUUUUAUUUUUUAUAAAGUUCGUAUAU